AUAAUAAAACCACGGAUAGUUGGAAGCAUCAAGAGACGGAACAGCAAUGGCUCCUUGUUCUUCCAUCUCCUUCUCAUGCGCACCUUCACUCUUCUCCACCAAACCCAUCAACCAUUCUUCUUCACCAAGGCUGCUCUCCUCUAAAUUCCUCGGGACCCGAAACUUAAAGCUUCGGAUCCGACCCAACAUACUCGGACCCUCCAACGGUUCAAGAACCACCUGCUGGUUCAAGUUCGGCAAGAACGGCGUCGAUGCUGAAAGUGCUGGAAUCUAUGGCAGUCAGACACGCGAUGACUUCGACAAAGACGACGUUGAACAAUAUUUCAAUUACAUGGGGAUGCUUGCGGUAGAAGGCACCUAUUCAAAGAUGGAAGCACUUCUAAACCUAAACAUUCAUCCCGUUGAUAUUCUACUGAUGUUGGCAGCCACAGAAGGUGACAAACCAAAGAUAGAGGAGCUGCUUAGAGCUGGCGCUAGCUACUCGGUCAAGGAUGCUGAUGGAAGAACCGCUCUUGACAGAGCUAACAGUGAAGAGAUUCGUGACUUGAUCCUUGGCUACUCCACUCAGAAGGCUUGAAUAUCGUCUUCUGUCUGAAGUUAAUGUCCCAGAGUUCAGAAGGCUUGAAUAUCGUCUUCUGUCUGAAGUUAAUGUCCCAGAGUUUGUUUUUUUAAGAAUGUUGUGCUAGAACAAACUGUCUUUGUGGGUUCCGCGGAUGAGUAGGUUAUAAAAUCCAUCUUCAUCUC